AUGAUAAAUUCUCAAUAGAAAACCUCAUCUACUAGAUUCCAAAACAGAUAAAGAUCAACAGAUACUUAUUUAAAUUCUCAAAUCCUAAAAUUACAAAGUCAACACUAAUUUUAAUGUACAAUAAACAAAACAUUAUUAAUUUUUAGAGUUAUUAUAGAAGGCAUAUUCAAUGCAUUUCCAAACAUAACAAUAAGAGUUUCCUAAAUCCAAGAUUUCACAGUUUGUAAAAUCAGUGAUUCAAGUAUUCCAUUAUUGUAUUUAGAAACAACCCAAAACAUUCUUAUAGGAAUCUAAAAAUAAUAUAUCUAAUGUUAUCUAAAAUGUCAAUUUCAAAAAUUAAUAUACAAUCAUAAAAAACCAUUCCAAUAAGCAACAUUCUAUAAGUUAUUAUAAUAGUAUAUAAAAAUGUUUAUUCUUUCUAGAUGACAAUAGUUAUUAGAAAGAGAAUGAGGAUAUUAUGAAUUAUGUCAAUCAUUUAUCAAAUAUUUCUUUUAAGGAUAGUAUCAAUAAACAAGGUAAUUUAAAUUAAGUAAAAUACAUUAAAUAAUGUACUGAAAAUUCUAAAAAGAUUGUUGAAGGAAAAAAAAUGAUUAGAUAAGGUAAAAUAAAAGAAGCUUUAAAUUAUUUUGAGAAAGUAAUCCAGACUUGUGAUGAUCCUGAAAUAAGAUUUUAAAUUGCAAUAUAAUAUUUUGACUAAUAAGAAUUUUCUUAAGUUAUUUUGAAUUUGAAUCACUUAAUUUAAGAACAUCCUCUUUUCAAUAAAAAGGCAUACAUUAUCCUUUCAAUGGCAUUUAAAAAAUUAAAUUUAAUGAAUGAAUCUUUAAAUAUUGUAUUAUUUUUAUAUUAACCAUUAGCUUACUAUUUGUAUUUAACAUUUUGCUAAAUACUUUGAUGCUUAUAUUAUUCGAGGUAAAUUGUAUAUAAAGAUUCAAAAAUUUGAUAAGGCUUUGGGAGACUUUAUGAUAGCUAUUGAAUUACAGCCAAAUAAAGCUGUUGGAUAUAUUGGUUAUUGUGAUUGUUUUAGGAUGAUGAAUAAUGUAGAGAUGAGCAUAUAAGCAUAUACUUAAGGAAUAAAAUUAGAGGAUUAAUUUAAAAGAUCUGCUUUGAUCAAAAGAACAUUAUUAUAUUUAGAAUAGAAGGAUUAUGAAUCAGCUAUGAAAGAUAUCAGUUAAGUUAUAGAAAUUAAUGACUAAGAUUCUGAUGCUUUAUAUCUAAAAGGCUUUAUAUGUACAAAGAAAAGUAAAUUAUUGAAAACUAGUUAGGUGAAAUUUAAGAAGCUACCUUAGCAUAUGAAUAAGCAAUCAAACAUAAUAAUUCUAAAAAAGCUGUUUCCAAGUCAUUAUAUGAAUUAGCCAAAAGAUUAAUUUAAUAAAAGGACUUUUAUGAAGCUUAAUAUUAAUUAAGAAGAGCAGAACAUUUAGAUAUUGAUAAAAGGUUUAUUGAAAACAUCAAAUAGUUUACAGAGGGUGUUAUUUUAUUGAUGAAAACAAAAUUUGAGGAAGGAGUUAAUUUAUUAACAGAAUUAAUAUCUAAUCAUUAAAUAGAAGAUUUCUUAAAAAGAUUAAUAUUAUAAUACAGAUCAUAUGGUUAUUUUUGUCUAUCUUAAUAUUAAUAGUCAUUAUAAGAUCUUGAUUCAUUAGAUUAACUUGAAAAGCCUUCAAUUUAUAAUAAACUUAUUCUUGAAGGGAUUAUGUCUACAAUUUCUAAUUAAUUUGAAUUAUCAUUAGGAUAUUUUGUGAAGGCUUCAAAAUUAAUGCCAAAUAAAAUUGAACCAUACUUUUAUAGAGCAGUAACUUUAGUGCAAUUUUAUUGUUAACUUAUUCCAAAAGAUGAUUAAGAGAGAAAGAAUAAAUUUUUGAAUGAUGCUAUAAGAUUAUUAAAUUUAGCUUUAAAAAUUAAUGAAAACUCUAAUUUAUUUUUUUGUAGAGGAAUCAUUCUGUUUUCUUUAAAUAGAUUGGAUGAUUCAUUAAGUGAUAUAAACAAAGCAAUUGAUAAGUCAUAAGAAAAUGUGGCAAAAUAAUUUUAUGUUCGUGGAUUAGUAUAAGUUUGUAGAUAACAAUAUAAAUAAGGAUUAAAUGAUUUUAGUAUAGCUAUUAAUUUAGAUGAAUCAUAUUCUGAAGUUUAUUUAUGUAGAGCUAAGGUAUUUUUAAUACUAAAAGAUACUAAUCAUGCUUAUUAUGAUUUAUAACAAUUUCAAGAAUCUUGUUUAAAAGUAUAAGAUUAAAUUUUGAUUGGAAACCUAUUUUAUUAAAUGGGAGCAUUUGAAGAAGCAAUCUAAUCAUAUUCAAAUAUUAUCAAUUCUGAAAAAUGUUUAUAAGCCUUAUAUUAGAGAGCAAAAACAUUUAUUACUAUAAAGGAAUUAAAUAAUGCAAUAUAAGAUUUAUAAAAAUUAGUUGAAUAUUCUAAUGAUAUUUCACCUUUUGUUGACUUGAAUGUUUUGUAGUAAUUAAAAUUAACUUCAAUAAUAAAUUGUGGUUAAAUUUAAUUAUCUAAUAGUAUAGAUUGUUUAAAUUAAUUCUUAAAAAAUGGAAAUGAAGGUAAAAUCUUCAAAACAUAAGAUAUUAUAUUUUAUAGAAGUUUAUUUGAAUUUUAUUUAAAAUAAUUUGAUACUGCAUUAAUUUCUUUUCUUGAAUCUUAUUAAAUCUAUUAAACAUCUGAUAAUAUUAUAAUCAAAUAAUAAACUGAAUAAAAACAUAUUAAUAGAGUUUACAAUUAAUUAGAAUUCUAAUUUAAUCUAUCUAUACUUUAAUUACUUUCAGGUUAAAAUAGUUUGGCAAUUGAAAAUCUAAAACAAUUAAAAAAUAAUCUAUAAGAGAAAGAAUAAAAGAAUUUACUUUAAUUAUUUUUAGAAUUAUUAAUAGAUGAUUAAAAUGAAGAAACUGAAUUAAGAACAGAACUAUCUUAAUUAACUAAUCUUAUUAUUUUAUCAUAGGAUAAUAGAUUGUGUAAUAUAUAUCCUAUGAUAAAAGUUCCUUUAAAAAAAUAUAAAUAAAAUCUUUAAACAAGAUUAUCAUUUUGUUUACCUUAAAUAGAAAUACCAGAAAUGCUUCCUUAAUUUGAUCUUAAACUACUGGAAACUAUAAGUGUAUAUUAUUAUUAAUAAUUAUGAUUAGCUAUUAUUAGUGGAAAAUAAACCAGAAGCACCAUGGAUAUAAAGAUUAGAUAAUAAUGGUGUAAUCUUUACAUAAGAUAUGUAUAAUGCAAAUGAUUUAGAUUUAAAAUCUACUACUAGAUAAUCAAAUGGGGAAUCAGAAUUUUAAUAAUUUCAAAAUUAGUUAAAUAAUAAAUUAGAAAAAGAAGAUUUUGUUAUGUUUGGCCAAGAUGUCUUUAAGCAAUAAACAAAUAUUUAUAAAAAGAAUUGA